AUGCCCGAACAUGACGACCGCGAGCACAGACCCAGACCCAGACCCAGACCGGCCGGGGAUUCGAGCAAACCCAAAAACAAAAACAACAAGCGGCCCGCGCCAGACGACGGUCAAGAUGACCUCCCGCAGCCGUACAACGCCAGCUCCCUACAGGCUGCAAAGCGCCGCGCCGUAUCCCCCUCUGAGCAGCCGCGGAAACAGAAACGUCCCGGGGCGCGAGCGCGCAUCUCGGAAGCCGAGAGGGAAGCCAUUCGGCAGCGUCAGAUUGACCGCGAGCGAGAACAGGCCGCCCAGGAGGCGGCGGCGGCCGAGCUGAACCGCAUGCGGGGCGUCCACGACGUGGUCAAGCAGCACUACAACAACGUCCCCGAGAGAGGAAGGCUGUGGAGGACCACGGACAGCAAGAUCAAGGGCCUGCGCGUCUUCAACAACUGGAUCAAGAGCUGCAUCAUCCAGCGGUACUCGCCCGACGAGGACCACACCCCCGGAUCCCGCGAGAUGGGCCGCUCCAGCGGCAGAGACCUUCUCGUCCUCGACAUUGGCUGCGGCAAAGGCGGCGACCUAAACAAGUGGCAGCUAGCCCCGCAGCCCAUCCAGCUCUACGUGGGCCUCGACCCUGCCGACGUCAGCAUCCACCAAGCCAAGGAACGGUACCGAAGCAUAACCUCCCGAGGUGGACGUGGUGGUGGUGGUGGUGGUGGUAACGGCGGAGGCGGCGGCGGCGGCGGCGGCGGCGGACGCGGAGGGUUCGGCAGCAGGCAGCCCUCGCGGGUGUUUGACGCCCGUUUCCACGUCAAGGACUGCUACAGAGAAUCCAUCGAGGACAUUGACAUCAUCCGCCAGGUCGGCUUCGACCCCUCGCCCAUGAACAAGAGAGGCUUCGACGUUGUCAGCAUGAUGUUUUCCAUGCAUUACGCCUUCGAGUCGGAGGAAAGCGCCCGGACCAUGCUGCGCAACGUGGCCGGCGCGCUCAAGAAGGGCGGCCGGUUCAUCGGCUGCAUCCCCAACUCGGACGUGCUCAGCGAAAACGUCCGGCAGUUUGGCGAAAAAGCCGCCGCCCGGCUGGCCGACAGGGAGAAGAGGGAAACCGAGGGCGGCGGUGCCACGCCCGCCGAGGACGGCGAGCUGGAAGAGGGCGAGGCCGAGCCCACGGCCGAGUGGGGCAACUCCAUCUUCCGCGUGCGCUUCCCCGGCAAGACCCCCGAGGACGGCGUCUUUCGCCCCGCCUUUGGCUGGAAGUACAACUUCUUCCUGGACGAGGCCGUCGAGGAGGUGCCCGAGUACGUGGUGCCGUGGGAGGCUUUCCGCGCCCUGGCAGACGACUUCAACCUGGAGCUGCAGUUCCAUCGCACGUUUAGCGAGAUUUGGGAGGCCGAGAAAGACGACCCCGAGCUUGGGCCCCUGAGCGAGCGCAUGGGCGUUCGGGAGAGGGGGGGGGGGCCGCUCUUGGUGUCUGAUGAUGAGAUGGAAGCCGCCAACUUUUACAUUGGCUUUUGCUUCUACAAGGUGUGA